AUGGCCGGUCGUGGCGGGGCUAUCAGGGACGCCAACAACCGUAGUAAGCGGUCGGACGGCGUGGUUCCGGCGGUGCUGUGGUUCCAAGGUGAAAGCCACGCAAUCCACGAGGAAGACGCUGCGGCUUACAAGUUCAACAUGGAGACUCUCAUCCACAAUCUUCGUCAAGACCUCAAUUCCCCAUCUUCUUUUUCGGCCUCAGGGUCUGACCACACAGAGAAAGUGAGAGAAGCACAAAAAGUAAUUGAUCUUCCAAACGUGAUUUGCGUGGACGCAAAGGGAUUGCAAUUGAAGGAAGAUAAUCUUCAUUUAACCACCGAGUCUCAAAUUCAGUUGGGUCACAAGCUGGCUGAGGCCUAUCUUACCCAUUUUCAUGCCUGA